UCUAUCAAUGGGUUCAUAGGAAUGUUAUAGCAUUGAUUAUGGUUUGACUGGAAGCUACGCAAAGACAGACUGACAGCUUGUAUUAUGCCGGAAUAAGAGGUUACACGCUGUUUCCCUUGUUUGUGGCGGAAAGCUCGACGUUAUUUACAAAAACAUCACGAUCCGUGCUUUAGUCUUAACGCCGGUUUGACGUUCUGAGCUGACUGAAUAUAUCCGAAGUGACAUAUUCGUGUUGUAUGAUGGGACCAUGCCACCAAACUAGUUAUUACGUAUUGUGAAACAUCGAAAGACGACCCGCGUGUUUUACCUAAACAAAAACACCAGACAAAUGUCUCAUUAACAAUCUGUUCGCCUUUUAUUCUUUUCACAGUUUUAUUGUGGGAAGCUUCACGCUUUGUGAUCUAAAUCCCGAUUUGAUCGACGGAGAUUAAGUUGUUAUUCAAGGACAAAUGAUCAAUCGACCCCUCAUCCGUUAAAGUCAACUAAUCAUCAAUUGGACUGGGAGGAUUUAAGUUGUGAGGUAGAAAAGAGAAGAGGUCGAUGAUGUAUGUUUAUUACUAACCCACGCUAUUUAUUAGCUGUGUACUAAGAUAACUAAGCAGUAGCCUACAAGACAAUCUGGAAUGUUUGUUCAUCUAAGCAUGACGAUUAAGAUGACAUGAAUGGUGGAUGAUGAUGUGGAAUACAGCGUCUAGAAGUGUCUUGGUAUAGUGUUCAGUGAAUUGAUUUGCGUAUAGUCUGUGUUUAUUGUGAUAGAAAAGGUGUUCCGCCCACUAUUUAAAACGCGUUCUGGAUUAGUAUGGAGUACAAAAGAGGAUUAGUGCUAAUCGGGGAAAUCUGUCUGAUACUGUGCACUGUAUUCGAUCAGAUAAUGGCCCAGGAUAUCAUCUUUCAUCUACUGGAACAAAAACAGUCCGGAACUUUGGUUGGAAACGUGGCAACUGCGAGCGGUGUCGCGGAAGACGUGAGUGAUGCCGAGUUUCGUAAUCUCGUGUAUUCAUUCCUUAAUCCAAGUAACCUGGAAACGGCGGCUUUAUUCAGCAUUAAUAGCCAGACGGGUGCAAUCUAUACAACCGCGAUGAUCGAUAGGGAGCGUAUUUGUAAACUUUCGCUAUUAUGUGAGAUAGAGUUUGAUGUUACGAUCCAAUCCACCACAACAACGUUCUUAAAACUGCUGACGGUUAAAAUCGUUAUUGAUGAUGUCAAUGACAACCAACCCCUUUUCCCUAAUAACGAAGCAACGUUAUACAUUCCCGAGGCUGUUACCCCCGGUUCCAAAUUUCGUAUUGACGGUGCCAGUGACAAGGAUACGGGUAAAAGUAAUUCACUUUUGUCGUAUCGACUCGUUUCCAGUAGCACCCGUUUUAGCGUAGACGCAGAGGAAAAAUUGGACGGCAGCUCGGAUGUGCGGAUAACUGUUCUAAAGGCACUAGAUCGGGAAAAGAGAGAUUCAUAUACAUUGUAUAUUGUAGCUACCGACAGUGGAACUCCCCCAUUAUCUGGAACAUUAACUCUUCACAUAAACGUGACGGACAAUAAUGAUAAUGUGCCAGUAUUUAGGAAACCAAAUUAUAACAUUAAUGUUGCGGAAAACACAGCUAUUAGAUCUAAAAUAGGUAGCAUAGAAGCAACGGACCGGGAUAUUGGUGAUAAUGGCAAGGUCUCUUAUCGCUUUAGUCCCUUAAGAAGCAGCAAACUUGAAGAAUUGUUGUCCCUUGAUAAAUUAACCGGGGCAUUGACGGUGAAAUCUCCUCUACAAUACGAAUCAGGUAAAACAUACGACACAAUAGUUGAAGCUACUGAUAGUGGUAAUCCUCCGCAAGUAUCUCAAACCACUCUGGUUGUCAACAUUAUAGAUGUCGGAAAUAACCCACCCCAGGUGCAAUUAAAUCUGGCCUCUCCCGUAAACAAUAACACGGUGCUACUUUCAGAAAAUUCUCGCGUAGGGACAUUUGUUGGCCAUAUUAAAGUAGACGAUCGUGACCCUGGGGACAACGGUAAAGUGUCGUGUAGUGUUGAGGAUCCCAAGUUUGGUGUUCAAAACCUUGCUGGAAAGGGUUAUGCCUUACUUCUGAACAAGCCCCUUGAUCGAGAAGGACAGACUCAGCAUAAUGUGCGAGUUGUUUGUGAAGAUUCUGGGUCUCCAAAACUUUCAUCAUCAACAAGUUUUGUUGUCAUGGUUACCGAUGAAAACGACAACGCUCCUGUAUUUCAAAAAUCGACCUAUUAUGCAAACGUUUCAGAAAAAGCUGCUAAAGGCACAUUUGUAAUUAAGGUGUCAGCGACAGAUCCAGAUUUGGGUGUUAACAGUCAUUUUAUCUACAGACUGAGCUGGGAUGCCGAUUCUCUUUUUGAAGUCGAUCCAGAUACUGGUGUUAUUACAACAGUUGGUGAAUAUGACCGAGAAACGACGCCCAAGAUGACUUUUACAGCCAAGGCCAUUGAUCAGGGAAGAACGGCACUAAUAGGGAUAGCAACGGUGGUCAUUAAUAUUGUGGAUGAAAACGAUAACACGCCGAUUAUUAAAGAGGAAUCGUUAAGACUUCGAGUGCUGGAGAACUUACAUUCGGGAAGCGUCGUGGGUAAGAUUGAAGCCACCGAUGCAGAUGUGGGGGAUAACGGAAAACUGAUUUUCCUACCUAGAGAAUCAAACCCGAGCAUCCCAUUCGCAGUGUUUAACGAUGGAGUUAUCCGAACUGAUCGUGUGUUGGAUCGAGAAACCAAAUCGCAUUACGAAUUCGAUAUCGUUGUACAAGAUAAUGGCCGAGAACCCAGAAAAGCAACUGGUCACGUGGUUGUAGAUAUAAUAGAUGACAAUGAUCAUACACCGACAAUAGAGUUCCCAGCAUCCGACAAUCGCAGCGUGAUUGUUACAUCAGACUUACACGCCGGAGAUACUAUUACUAAGAUUAUAGCUUACGAUGGAGACGAAGGGGACAAUGCCGAACUAACGUAUUCUAUAGAUGGAGGAAAUGAUGGGAACUUGUUCGAUAUUUCACCAAAGACAGGCAUCGUCUUUCUUACUCGUAUUAUUAAUCUGAGAGACAAAGAAUUCUACAUGUUGAAAAUUUCAGUUCGGGAUCAUGGUGCGAAACAAAGAGAAUCGCGUGAUGUACUGAAUAUAAAAGUGAUUUUUACGAACGCCACACUGGCGGCUAAUAGACAAAACUCAGCAGGACAAAAGUAUAUCAUCAUUGCUGGUAUCGUGGCGGGCGUGACAGUCAUUCUUUCAAUAAUAAUAGUCGCAAUCAUUCUCAGAAUCAGACAGUCCGAUCAAAGAAACAGACAUGGAGAAACCGUCGGUAUACAGGAAGAAGGGGACCCUCAAAACUUUCGCAAAGGAAAAGUAGAGAACAAUUUCUCAAAACCCAUCACCUUGGCAACCAGUGACAGCGAUCAUGGCUUCCAUAUUUUUCCCAAUCCCAAAAUGGAAAAGGAUCCUAAAUUUUCAUUCGGUAAAGAAGAAAAAGAUAAUUUUGAUUCCAAGUUGCCUUCAGAACAGUACAACAAACCAGAUUUUGUUACAUUCCAAAAGAUUAAAGAGAGAUCAGUAAGUUUUGAUGUAAGAAGUGACCUGUCAGGGGAGACAACCGCCAGUGACAGCGGUAGAGGCGGAAGUGAAGAUGAUGCUCCACAGAAAAUUAGAAAUAAUAUGGGAUAUACUAUGUGUCCUUCCACCGGAAGUGAUGACGAGGUUCCACCACCAACCAUAGCGGCGCGACAACAAAAGUCCAACGUUCAGCGUGUAUCGCCGAUCAUUAUGGAUGACAGGAACAGUAUUCCUAUGACUCAAUUUAGUAAUACGCAUCCCGUGAAAGACAAUCGAACGCGAAAAGAUCCGUAUAGAAAAUUCACGGGGUACAAAGAACCAAUUCCUAAUUCUAAAUCAUACCAAACCCCUUACCAAACUCAUAACUCGCGCGACUGGUUACAUCCCAGGCCUCAUAAUACUAAAUUAAAAUCACCAUCCUAUAAUAGUUUACCUAGAAGUCCUGAUGAUGACGAUUGCUCAACAACCUCUGGCAGUUAUACGGUGAUGUCUGAUGACGCAGACACUAUGUGUGUGCGAUAGAAAUGUGUGUGUAUUUAUGACGUCAUAUCAAUAUGUGCUUUUCUCUACGACCUAUCAGUGCUUACAUUGUGUAUAUAGUAUGUGUUCAACGAUUCCAAAGUGGCAUGAUUUAAUUCUUCUUUAUGAAAUAUUAUAAUUGGAUUGUUGCAUGUGGAAUUUUAAUCCGACAUAUUACUUCUUUACAUAAACUGGUGGAUUAACGCCAUUCAAAUGUGAGCGGGUGUGUUAUUGUUAUCUUUUUCUGGAAUGAAUUAUUAUGAAAUCAGAUUUUCAACAAAAAAACUUUUUUUGAAACAAUCGGUGAUUGCAUGUAUAUAUUUGUGUGAAUCUGAACUGAUCUGUUAAGAAUUAUUGUAUUAAUGCAGUUAUUAUAAAUAUAACGGUCUGCGCAAGAAGUCUUGUAACUAGAAAUUUAAAGAUCGUUGUAUAAUUAGACGGUAUAUAUGAAAAACGGUAUUCACAUACUGAUUUGACAAACUAUAAGUACGUGUAGUAGUGGCUAAUAUACGAAAGCUAGAUUUGUACUAUCAUUUCUGUAUUACAACUCUUCUUUCACAGAAAAUAGUAAAGCCUAAAUAGUAAAGAUACAUUAUACAAUAUCGUAACGUUUCUAUAAACAUUUAUAUUGAAUAAUAGUCAAUUACAAGUCCGGAGCCCUAACAAUAGUUAUAGUAUUUAUGAUUAUAAUAAUAGUCAUAUGUCUAAUAUCAUAGCCACAUGGUUUUUAGAGACACAGAUAAUAGUAGAUAGAAGCAUUGUCUACACUAUAAUAGAUUAUUUUUAUUGUUAAAGGACAGUGAGUAGACCGAGAUGGACAGGUGACUUUAAUUUGAAACAUUGUAAUUUGCAAAAUAAUACUGAGCAGGAAUUGUUAGUUAUGUUGCUCCGUGCCAGAUACCCACCACUACUUAUAGCUAAAACUGGAACAAUGGUUUAGACCUCGAUUUAUGACAAUUAGCCUUUUCAGAUGGAGUUGUUGCUUGUACUUUGACCACCAUAUAAUUUAAGAACCUAAAUUUUCAGUUUGUAAUCAUAUAAGGAGAAAUAAGAGGACUUGAAGGAUUUAGUAUUAAUUAGUAUUACAAUUAAAAUCUUCCAUGAAACCGCCAUAAACUAAACACAUUACAUGAUGUCAGUUAUCAAUGCCAGUGCUAUAUUGUUCAAUUAAGAAAUUGAUUUUUCGAUAAAUAUUAAAAACAGUAUGUGAAGUUAUGGAUUACAUAAAUGACGAUUUACUGUAUCAAAUUGAUCAUAUUUCAACAUAAAUGCUGAUUCGGUUUCAAGAUAUGUAAAUAAUUAAAUGAAGCUAUAUAGCGCCAGGGGUUUCGCCAACAUUUGCAUAAACAACGGUAUAUAUAUAUUGAUAAGAACGGUUCAUUACCUUUAUGUAAAAUCAAUUCUGAACUGGUAUGCUAUAUCUAGUUUCAGAACUUUAUAAACGUGUAAAAAAACAUUAACACAUCUGCAUUAGCUAAACCCGAAUAAAAGUUAACGACGUAGCUGUAUUCUGUUUAUAACACUUAAAUAAUACCGUUUUGAAAAAAUAUUAGCUGCGUUCUGUUUACACCAUGUUAAAAACUUGAUGUCUCAGUAUUAGGUAUAUUCUAUAUAUAUAACAAUAAAAUAACGCCAUUUUAAAAAUCUUUGAAUUAGCUGUAUUAUGUUUAUAACACUGACAUAACAUUGUGUUAGAAAUGUUAACGAAUCAGCAUUAGCUAUAAUAUGUUUAUAACACUGUUAAAAUAUUAACGACACGAUCAGUAUUAAGGAUAUUAUAUCUGAAAUACUGAAAUAACACGGUGUUAAUAUAUAAACGUUAACUAUAUUCCGAAAUAUUUUAAAUAUACUGUAUAAAGCUACAGGUUUUAAGGCGUAAAUGUAAUUAAAAUCACUUGAUCCAGGCUGAGGAAGCAAAUAAAGUUGUAUCCAUAUAAUAAAGAUGAUGUACUACUUUAAACAAUGUUUCUCGUCUCGACCGGCUCUGCUCGAUCAAAUAAAGACAACCAUAUUGAUCGUCCAUGCAUUCAAGACUUUAUAAAUUAAAGAACUUAAUUAUUAGUCCAGAUCGUUAACAGUGUACAAUGACAUAAUGUCUUUUAUUUCUAAUGAUUUCUAUUGCUUUUGACAAUUAGGAUUAAAUCCCAUUGUUUAUCGGUUUUCAUUGCAUUUCUUAUAUAUUAGAGAAACGGGAUAUUAAUAGUUUUCUUUUGUUUUGUAUGAAUGGGGUUGGACUGCCGCUAUAGGUAUUUAUAACAAAUAUAUCAAUGAACUUAAAUUUAUUGUACAUAAUGAAAACAAAGAACGAAUUUCAUUCAUUUUUAAACUUUCAGCUCUGUUUAUAUUUUUGCUAUUUAUUGAUUGAUGUAAACUUUUUGUACUACAUUCCAUUUACUAUUUUCUGCAAAAUAAAAAUAAUGGUUUAAUGUGUACCUUAA